CCUUCCUGGUCCUGCGGGGCCGGGGCCGUCCGUGGGGCCGUGGGAGGGGGCCGCGCCUGCAGUCCGCCCAGCCAUCGCCGCCGCCCGGCCCGGCCCGGCCCAUGGCCCUGGUCACCGUGAGCCGCUCGCCCCCGGCCAGCGGCCACUCCACGCCCGUGGGGCUCGCGGGCGCUGCUGUCAGGGGCAGAGGCCGGCUCCAGCGCAGGCAGAGCUUUGCAGUGCUCCAUGGGGCUGUCCUGGGACUACAGGAUGGAGGGGACAACGGUGAUGUGGUUGAAACUGGCUCUGAGCCAGUGGAAGACCCCCCUGGUGAGGAGCCACCCCACAGUGACCAGACCGACGGGCAGGGGGCCCAGAGUCCCCGGAAACAGGUGCAGAGGCAGCACCUGCACCUCAUGGUGGAGUUGCUGAGGCCACAGGAUGACAUCCGCCUGGCAGCCCGGCUGGAGGCAGCCCGACCCCCUCGGCUCCGCUACCUACUGGUGGUCUCCUCGGAAGAUGGUCUAAGCCAGGAGGAGACAGUGCUCCUGGGGGUGGACUUCCCUGACAGCAGCUCCCCCUGCUGCACCCUGGGCUUGGUCUUGCCCCUCUGGAGUGACACUCAGGUGUACCUAGAUGGAGAUGGGGGCUUCAGUGUCACAUCUGGCGGGCAGAGCCGAAUCUUCAAGCCCAUCUCCAUCCAGACCAUGUGGGCCACGCUCCAGGUGUUGCACCAGGCAUGUGAGGUGGCUCUUGGCAGUGGCCUUGUGCCUGGUGGCAGUGCCCUGGCCUGGGCUACCCACUACCAGGAGAAAGUGAACUCCGACCAGAGCUGCCUCAACGAGUGGAUGGCCAUGGCCGACCUGGAGUCCCUGCGGCCUCCUAGCGCUGAGUCCGGCCAGCCCUCAGAACAGGAGCAGAUGGAGCAGGCCAUUCGGGUUGAGCUGUGGCAGGUGCUGGACUCCAGUGACCUAGAGACCAUCACUUCCAAAGAGAUCCGCCAGGCCCUGGAGCUGCGCCUGGACCGCCCUCUCCAGCAGUACCGGGAUUUCAUAGACAACCAGAUGCUCUUGCUCAUGGCCCAGCAAGACCGGGCUUCCCGAAUCUUCCCCCACCUUUACCUGGGCUCGGAGUGGAAUGCAGCCAACCUGGAGGAGCUGCAAAGAAACAGGGUCAGCCACAUCUUGAACAUGGCCCGGGAGAUCGACAACUUCUACCCGGAGCGCUUCACCUACCACAACGUGCGCGUGUGGGACGAGGAGUCGGCCCAGCUGCUGCCCCACUGGAAGGAGACGCACAGCUUCAUCGAGGAGGCCAGAGCACGGGGCACCCGGGUGCUGGUCCAUUGCAAGAUGGGCGUCAGCCGCUCAGCCGCCACAGUCGUGGCCUAUGCCAUGAAGCAGUACGGCUGGGGCCUGGAGAGGGCUCUCCACCAUGUGCAGGGGCUCCGGCCCGUCGCCCGCCCCAACCCUGGCUUCCUGCGCCAGCUGCACACCUACCAGGGCAUCCUGACUGCCAGCCGGCAGAGCCACGUCUGGGAGCAGAAAGUGGGUGGGGCCUCCCCAGAGGAGCCCCUGGCCCCCCAAGUCUGCACGCCACACCCACCUCUCCCACCAGAACCGGGGGGCAAGGGGGAGGUGAAGGUUUUGGAUUUGGAGGAAAGUCCAGUGGGCCCAAAAGAAGAGGCUGGGCUGCGGCCCCGGAUCAACCUGCGGGGCGUCAUGCGCUCCAUCAGCCUCCUGGAGCCCGCGGAGCCAGGGCCGGACAGCGACCCGGAGGCUGCGGACCUGCCAGAGGUUUUCUCUUCCCAAGAGUCUUCCGAGGAGGAGUCUCCUCCGCCCUUCCCUCGGCUCUGCAGAGUGGAAGGAGGCCGCCGGCUCGGCCGGGGGCCCGGGCCUGCCCUGAAGUCUCGCCAGUCGGUGGUUGCCCUGCAGAGCGCCGCGCUGGUAGCCCGCCGGGCCCGGGCCUUCCAGGAGCAGGGAGAGGGCCAGGGGCAGCGAGAGGCCAGCACGGCCUCCACGCCCAGACUGCGGAAGGUGGUGAGGCAGACCAGCGUGGACGACAGCCGAGGGGAAGGUGAGGCCUGAGCCCUCCCAGGCUCGUGCACCCCUAGACACUACAUAGACUUGGACAAGCACCCCACAUGCCUGUGGGCCACGUGCUCCUUAGCCCCUCCAGCGCUCCCAAGACCUGCCACUCCAGCCUAAGGGCUGAGACGCCCCUCCGCCUGCCAAGGGCUCAAGACUACACUGGGGACAUACAUAGUGACUCAAGGUGCCUUCUGGGGUGACAGCACCCCUACGUUCAUUUUCAACUCGCCCUACAGUGCUCACCUGUGGCCAUGGAAUCAAACCCGGAGUGUUCAGGGCUGGUUUUUCUGUCUCAAGCCCCCCACUCUGAUCCACCCUGGCCUGCUCAUCCUUUCCUGCCUUCCCUAGUGUGCUGCUAGAGGCAGCUAGGUCAGGGAACCAUGUCCCAAAGGCAGAGAGGAACCCCAGGCCCCUGCCUCAGGGGACUGUACACCUCACACCUGGCCUAGUCUCACCUGCUGCCCCCUACAUUCCUCCCCACUCUAACACCCCCCCCACACACACACAUACACACACACUGGGUCACAGGGCACCAGACCAAAA